GGCAGAGGAGCUGAUCCAGUCCGACAGACGGCCAACUUGAUCGGAGUGAACCUGCGACGCAAGCCGCCGCUGCUGCUGCUGAGUCCCCGGCAGCGACCAGCCACCCGUCGGUCUGGGAGUCCAGCCAGCUAAGCUAACUAGCUAACUUAGUCGUUGUUAUAGGAACGACAAACUAGUAUUGUAGGCAAUUUGGGGGAAUUAACCCAGGCUACUGUGACUAAUUGUUUAAGUUGUAAUAUAAAAUGUCUAUAUUACCGUUCACUCCUCCAAUCGUGAAGAGGCUCCUGGGCUGGAAGAAAGGAGAGCAGAACGGGCAGGAGGAGAAAUGGUGCGAAAAGGCUGUCAAAAGUCUGGUGAAGAAGUUGAAGAAGACGGGACAGUUGGACGAGUUGGAGAAAGCCAUCACAACACAGAAUGUCAACACGAAAUGCAUAACCAUACCCAGAUCUUUAGAUGGGCGUCUCCAGGUCUCCCACAGAAAAGGUCUCCCUCAUGUGAUCUACUGUCGCCUGUGGCGCUGGCCAGACCUGCAGUCCCACCAUGAGCUGAGGGCUGUCGACCACUGUGAAUUUGCCUUCCACACCAAGAAGGACGAAGUCUGCGUCAACCCCUACCACUACCAGAGGGUGGAGACGCCAAUUUUGCCUCCUGUCCUAGUACCACGACAUACAGAUAUACCCGCAGAGUUUCCACCAUUGGACGACUACAGCCCGUCCAUCCCUGAGAACACCAACUUUCCUGCAGGCAUUGAGCCGCAGAGUAACUAUAUUCCUGAAACUCCCCCACCAGGGUAUCUGAGUGAGGAUGGUGAGACAAAUGAUCAGCAGCUCAACCACAGCAUGGACACAGGUUCACCCAGCCUGUCGCCCAAUCCUGUGUCACCCGCAAACAGUAAUCUUGACUUACAGCCUGUGACAUACUGCGAGUCUGCCUUCUGGUGCUCCAUCUCCUACUAUGAGCUGAACCAACGUGUAGGAGAGACCUUCCAUGCGUCCCAGCCCUCCCUCACAGUGGAUGGAUUCACAGACCCAUCCAACUCUGAACGCUUCUGUCUGGGCUUGCUGUCCAACGUCAACCGCAACUCAGCAGUAGAGCUCACGCGCAGACACAUAGGACGGGGCGUGAGGUUGUACUACAUUGGGGGAGAGGUGUUUGCAGAGUGUCUCAGUGACAGUGCCAUCUUUGUUCAGAGUCCCAACUGUAACCAGCGCUACGGCUGGCAUCCUGCCACUGUCUGCAAAAUACCUCCAGGCUGUAACCUGAAGAUCUUCAACAACCAGGAAUUUGCUGCACUGCUCGCCCAGUCAGUCAACCAGGGCUUUGAGGCCGUCUACCAACUCACCAGGAUGUGCACCAUUCGCAUGAGUUUUGUCAAGGGUUGGGGAGCUGAGUACAGACGUCAGACAGUGACCAGCACCCCCUGCUGGAUAGAACUGCAUCUCAAUGGCCCUUUGCAAUGGCUGGACAAGGUCCUCACACAGAUGGGCUCUCCCAGCAUCCAUUGCUCCAGCGUGUCCUAGGAGCAGCACAUACCUCCCGGAAACCCUCCUUUCCAUCCACACACAUACACACAAACCACGUAGGAGAACUUGAGCGUCUCUCAGUGAUAAUAAGGAAAGAGACGCCAUUCAUCAAAUCAACACAUCACUGUCCUCCCUCGCUGUCUCUAACAUUUCACCUCACAUCUAUAGCACUUUGCUCAUUACCAUUUAGUGUCUCCAUUCGAUGGUUAUUUUAGGACUUGUACAUUGUUUUUUUUUUUCAUGUGUUUGACGGGCAGCCACAGGGUAUUUGCAAUAGGUUUCAAAAGACUAACCACAUUUUUGUCAUUAUUCAUUCAGACAUCGUGUCUAUGCUCAGUGUUGUAAUUUGGGUUUUUUUUAUAAAGAGGAUCGCAAUGUUUGUUCCCCGAGUUGAAGUUAUGGUACAGCUUCAGCUUGGCCACCUUUUUAAAUGUUUCAAAACAUUUUUGAUUCUAUGAAUUAGCUGAAAUUCGCUCCCAUCACUGGUGUUUCAGUGUCCCAGUACCACUCUUUGUAAUCACUGAAUUAGGAGGCUUAUUUAUCAAUUGAACCAUAAAUUAACAUGAAAAAAAAUCAUUGAGUAGUGAUUAAAUAGAAUAUAUUUAAUUAAUAUCUUAAGUACAAGGUACUUUGCCCAUAUUGAUUUAUCUGUAUGAAUUAAAGUGUCAAUUAUCUGAUUGAUCAUGUAAUUGGUAUUUUAUCUAUUUUAAACAAAAUAUAGACGUUAGCACCAUUGUUUCUUGAAAAAAGAACCCUUGUAUGAAAACUAUUUUGCUCAGUGAAAGAGACAUUUUAUAAGUUAUUUUUGCAUACUGUCCUGCAUGGGAAUAUAUUUUUUUUAUUGCCUCAAUAUGAUUGUACAUAAAUAUUUAUAGCUUGUGAUUUCUUGUAGCCAUGCAGUGCUUGAAACAGUGGACCUGACUGACCUCUGGCAUGAGUAGAUUCACAAAAAGACUUUGCUUUAAUGACCCCAAACUUGGCCUGCUUAAAUGCAGGCUUUUCUAACCUGGGUCAACUGGUUCUUAAGUGUGACACAUAGGAUUACUGUACCAGCUAUUACUGUUAUUUCAUAAUAGGGACGUAGAGUAUGACAUACAGUGUGAGUGAUCGUAGUGGACUGGACCUCAGUGAGAAGGGUACUUGCUAGCAGCAACCAUGGCUUUGGUUCAUCCAUUGAUGGCAUGUAGAGUAAAAACAUAAAUGCAGAUCUUUUCACAUAUUACCAACUGUUAGCCGAUAGUACACUAUGCUCCUCGUGGGUAAAUGAUGCACUUCCAAUUUACUGUGUUGAUCAGUGUAAAGCUUUAGUUCUAGUGGUAUUUUGCUUGUCCAGUAAAGACUGUAUAUUACAUGUACAUUGCUACAAUAUAAAGCAUGUGUAAUAUGCUCGCUGUCCUUGGUCAUUGUCUAUGAAGCCACCAUGUUUAUCCUGCACUUACUUACAGUACAUAAGACUGAGUCACCAUGUAAUUUAUUUAAAACAGUUAACACAGUGCUUAACUGAAAUACUGUGUACCACAGUGCGUUAGGUAGUUGGUAGAUCUGUAUCAGUACUUGUGUUUCUUGAUAUUCUUAGUUGGUGGUUUUCUGUUCCAAGUCUUAUGUACAUGUUUUUUUUUUUUUUUCAUGUAGCCUAAUAUUUGUUCUCAAAUGACCAUUGUUUUGUUAUCUGUGACAAUUUAAUAAACUGCAACUGAGUAAAAA